AAUGCGGAAAGAAAACGUUAGGACUUCGUGAUGGCGAUGGACUACCGUACUAUUAUUUUCAAGGAACAUCAUAUGGCCCAAAAAUCGUCAACAAACACAUAAACAAAAAUACACCAGAUGGGGCGACAUGGUGUCCAGAUAAAAAGAAAAUAAAAGACAGUUUUCUUGAAGUGGAUCUUGGUAAACAGUAUUUAUUAUGUGGUGUAUCAACUCAAGGCGAUAAAAAUGGGUUUACUAAAAGCUACAAAAUUAAACUAUCGUCAGAUAGGAUUAAAUGGAAAUUUUAUAGCAAGAACGACACUGACACGGUAAUGAUUGUUGCUUUUAACGUUUAUAUUUAUCACUGAUUUACUGCGACCGAGGGAAACAGUGUGUUUUAUGGACCCGAGACCGUCGAGGGGCCACAAAACACACUGCUUUCCCGAGGUCUCAGUAAAUAAGUGUUUUGUUAUAUAGUACGUAAGUGUCAAAGUAUGAAUAAUUCACAGUUAUUGGAGUGAACUUAAUUUGAAACCAAAAUUGGAUAACUGGAACGCCGUAAAUGUUUAGUAAAAAGUUUUAAAAAUAAACUUUGGAACUUCAUGGUUGACAUGGAUGCGAAUUGCACCCAUUUCAUUAUUGACCGGUCAAUAAAUGUUUGAUUGCGGACCGGUUGCCGAACAUGACUUUUGUGGACCGGCACGUGACACGGUUUUGACCAAUCGGACAAAUGCACACUAGGUCCAAUGCAAUCGGUCCAAUGCACACUAGUCCCGAUCAAUUGUUUUUCUCUAUACAUACUGCCACUUCCAAAUCAUCCCCAGAAAAACCAUCUCAUUUUAAUUCUGACACGCAAAAAACAACGGCCAUAAUUUCUUGUGCCUAAAUACCAGAUAAUAUAUGUGCAAUUUAUAUUGCUUUGUACCGCAGGUAUUUGAAGGAAACAACGAUGCUGCAACAACAGUGAUUCAUCCAUUAAAUUCUACCGAAAGCGCAAGAUUUGUGCGUUUUUAUCCCACAGCGUAUGAGACCAAUGCUUGCAUCCAAGUAGAACUGUAUGGUCACGAGAUCGUAAAGAGUAAGCUAGUUAAAUUACAAACUGAACCUUUCAGUUUAGAGUUAGAGUUAGACUGUUAGACAGUUGGCUAAGUAAGUUUUACGUUUGAGCGGUGUUACACCCUUUAUUUUAGGUCGUAUUUGGGUGUUCUAUCAUGGCUUCAUCAACUUAUAUUAGCUAUCUUAGUUGAGACGUUCAAGGAAAGUUGUAAUAUUAAUCUAAUACCGGGUGGGGCAAAAAAAAGUACGACUGUUUGAUUUACUAUGACUCAAAAACUAAAAGAGCUAUUACACUUAAAUAAAUCACCCUAUAUUCCGCGAUGUUUAACUUAGAUUUUGAUAUAUGUCUGGUGCAUUUUCAUGCGAUUAUGACUGAGAUAAUUGUGUUUAAACUUACGCAAACAUUUUUGGAACCGCCAAUAAUUAGCUGAAAAGCCCCUAUUAAACUAAUUCAAUAACCGUUACGAUUUGUUCGCGAUUAUUGUUUCAAUGAAGUGAAGUCGAAGUUAUAGAAAUAUUUCUUCAUUCACAGACUUUUUAUUUUUUGUUUUACGAUGUUGGGCAAUGGAUGUGAACUUAUAAGGCCGAUUUUAUUAAAAGUUUUGUUCCUAGAAGGUAUCCGAUACCCGUGGGAUAGGUAGUCUGUAUGUUCUAAUGAGUCUAGAACGAGCUGUCCCAUUUCACGGGCAAGAUGUUGCAAUUGUGCCGGGGGACAUGAAUUUGCUGAUGAAUAGAUGAUUGCUUUUGAACAACAAGCGUUAACGUACUGACUAUAGAGUAUAACGCGUCUUAACACAAGUUGUUUUUGUAUAUAAAGGUAUUAAUAUUUAAUAGGCCGUUUUUAGCUUAAUUCUCUCAGUUUCAAAAAUGUUACUCUUGUUCAAAUGCACGUAUCUUUGUCAAUAUGACAUGGAAAUGUGCAUGGCAUAUAUCAAAAUUUAAGUUAGACAUCGCUGAAUGCCAAUAAAUGUGUUUUAUUGUCAUUGCUCUUUUAGUUCUGAUGUUAUACCAAUUCAAAGAGUCGUACUUUUUUUGCCCCACCCGGUAUACCCAGUCUUAAAAAGUAUCACACUUUUUUCUUUGUCUAGAAACAUGCGAAAAAACUGCAAUGCAUGCAAAUGCUCCUGAUGUUGUUGUCACGUCACUUCCUAAAAUUCCUCCAAACAAAACUUUAACCAUCUUAAAUGGCACUGAGAUGUGGUGUUGGUCAUCAAAUUGUGCAGAACCUUACCUUAAAGUUGAUUUCGGAUCGUAUUCUAUUAUUUGUGCAUUGCAAAUUUCUUUUAACGGAAUGGUAGAAAUAUCAUAUGAACAUAAAUCCUUAAACAAGUCUCAG